CUGCCUGUCUCACUCAGACAGAGACACGCAGCAGCAGCAGCAGCAGCAGCCUGGCUUUUACCUCACCCAAACAGAAUGUCCUCAGACAUCAUCACAGACUUGGUGUUGGAGCUUGAAGAGGAGUUGCAGGAGUUCCAGGAUGUGGUGGAGGAGCUGAAAGCUCCGUCUCUAAGCAAACAGCAUGCUUACCAGCAUGUGCUGCACGAGGCAAAGACUCGAACGGGUCAGGGGGAGGACAGUGGCGUGGAUGACUCUGAUUACGGCAGUGAAGCUUCCAUGGGGAACAGUCUGAACACCAGUGAGGAGGAGCUCCACACUGCAGGCGUAACAUCGGCGCAGAAAGCCAAGCUGGGAGACACAGAUGAACUCCAGAGCUUUAUCGACAUGUUGGACCAGGAACUUGCUGAGAUGUGAGCAGAGAUAGAGCCGGAAAGAACGAGGGCGAGGCAUCGAGCUGAAAGAGAGAUCUACACCCGAGCAGAUCUGAUGGAGCGUUUCUCGCUGCUUUAGAGGGGAAGAAAGAAGAAAGUUUGAAAUUCUGAAAUGCAAAAUAGAAAAAAAAACCAACAACCCCAAAAACACCCAAAUACAGAGUCCAGCUGACAACGUGACAUCCCUGCAGCAUCACAUCCGAAAUGUGUGACACGUUCCCCAAAACAGACAAAGCUUCAAUCUGCUUUAGCUCAUUAAGCCUCAUUUCCAUGUGAGGGUUCCUACAGUGUAAGAUUUUAUUCUAAUAAUCACAGAGGCUACAAUUUGAGACAUUCUCCUUUUCAAAUGCAGGUGAUCCCUCGUUUAUCGCGGUAGAUGCGUUCCAGACCUGGCCGCGAUAGGUGAAAAUCCGCGAAGUAGGGACACCAUAUUUACAGUACAGUACUAAAUUGAAUUAUCGUAUGAUCACAUUCUCUUUUAGUGGGUAAAACUCAAGAAAUUUUUUUUACUUGGUUUUUUUUAUAGUUUUAUUACAAAAAGUGCAUUUUAUGAUGAAAUUGAUGAACAAAAACAGGAAUUUUUUGAUAUUUCGCAUAGAAAAAUGCAGCGAAUUGGUGAAAAAUACCGCGAAUCUGCGAAUUUCCCUUGAAUAAGGCUCCAAAGAAAAAAUCUGUGAAGUCGCGAUAAACGAACCGCGAAGUAGCGAGGGAUCACUGUAUGUCUAACUUACCCUAAAUAUCCCUCAAUAUUAGGUCUGCACAAAUUCAUUACAACAGGAGGGGUAUCUCCCACUUCGCCUCGUUACAUCAAUAGAUCCGUUUUGACAAUGAGAGGGUCUCAGAUUCACUAUUUUACCUUUAAAACAGUCAAACUCAAGCUGGUGUCUCAGGAGGUUAGGUUUUAUAUAAAAAAGGAAGAGGCUCUCGGUUCUUGACUUGUUAAAAACAAGCUUUAAAACUAUUUGUAAAUGUGAGGGCUUUAAAUCUGCUGUGUCAUAAUAAAUGUUCUUUAUAUGACCACAUUGUACAUUUAAUGUUAAUAUGAUUUUUAUAUAUUUUGUACAUAUGAAAAAGGCAUAAAUAAAGUUACAUGUGAAGUA